AUGAAUUCACAUACACAUAUUGAAGAUUUAUCAAAUGAGAUAUUCUUCGAAAUAUUUGAUUAUUUACAUGCAUUAGAUAUUUUUGCAGCUUUUAAUUCAUUAAAUAAAAAAAUUUCAUUUAUUUCACAAAUAAUUUCACUUCGUGGCAUUAUAUCCAAUGAUUAUUGUCAUCGUCAAAUUGAUUCUCUUUCUUCAUAUCUUAAAUUUCAUUCUCAUCAAGUUAUUUCAAUAAAAACUUAUGAUCCAAUUCGUGAUUAUUAA